CGGCCUCACCGGACCGGGCGGCAGGCGGCGGCGGCUCCGGGCGAAGGCGGCUCCGGGGCGGCGGGAGCGGGCGCGGCGGGCCGGCAGGAGCGAGGGCGGUGCGGCCGCGCGCACAGGCGGCGGAGGAGGGCGGCGCGAGCCAUGGCCGGGGACAGCGAGCAGAGCCUGCAGGACCAGCAGCCCGGCGGCGGCGAGCCCUUCCUCAUCGGCGUCAGCGGCGGCACGGCCAGCGGCAAGUCCUCCGUGUGUGCGAAGAUCGUGCAGCUGCUGGGGCAGAACGAGGUGGACUACCACCACAGGCAGGUGGUCAUCCUGAGCCAGGACAGCUUCUACCGCGUCCUCACCUCCGAGCAGAAGGCCAAGGCCCUCAAGGGCCAGUUCAACUUCGAUCACCCGGAUGCCUUUGACAAUGAACUCAUCUUCAAGACUCUCAAGGAGAUCACCGAGGGGAAAACCGUGCAGAUUCCCGUGUACGACUUUGUCUCCCAUUCCCGGAAGGAGGAGACGGUGACCGUCUACCCCGCCGACGUGGUGCUCUUCGAAGGCAUCCUGGCCUUCUACUCCCAGGAGGUGCGCGACCUGUUCCAGAUGAAGCUGUUCGUGGACACGGACGCGGACACCCGGCUCUCCCGCAGAGUGCUGAGAGACAUCAGCGAGAGGGGGCGGGACCUGGAGCAGAUCCUGUCCCAGUACAUCACCUUCGUCAAGCCCGCCUUCGAGGAGUUCUGCUUGCCGACAAAGAAGUACGCGGACGUGAUCAUUCCCAGAGGUGUAGACAAUCUCGUGGCCAUCAACCUCAUCGUGCAGCACAUCCAGGACAUUCUCAACGGAGGGCUGUCCAAGCGGCAGACCAACGGCUAUCUCAACGGCUACACGCCCGCACGCAAGAGGCAGGCCUCCGAGUCCAGCAGCCGGCCGCACUGACCCGCGCCCGGACCCGCCCCGCUCCCGGACGGACGGACGGACGGACGGCGGCAGGGGCGGGGCGUGGCCGUCUGCACACGGUUUCCUAGGACUCUGCUUAUUUAAGAAACGACACGGGGAAGGAACGCCUUUGAUCUUGAAAUGGAACUUGACCCUGAGCUUACACGACGAACUGUGCCAACUACUUACUACUGGUGACGCCUAAUCAUGCCAACCUGUACCGGUUACAAAUACACACACGUACAUAAAAGGAUCUAUUUUUGUGUAAACGUACAACACGCUGUAAA